CUUGGCUCAAGUCAGCUGGAGCGGCGGCAGCCAAAGUAGCAUCCACCGCCGCCCCCGUGCCCGAAAGUCUCCGGCGCUCCUCCUUCUCUUCCGCCUCGUCCGCCGCUCCACCUCCGACACCGGCGCGUGGACUUUCUGAGCAGCUCAUCCUUCCCAGGCAAACUUUGAUGGAGAAUUUCACACCGCGCUGGAAAAAUGCCUGUUAUGAAAGGAUUACUGGCACCUCAAAAUACCUUCUUGGACACGAUAGCGACUAGGUUUGAUGGCACACAUAGUAACUUCAUCCUUGCAAACGCUCAGGUGGCAAAAGGAUUCCCCAUAGUUUACUGUUCUGAUGGCUUUUGUGAGCUCUCUGGAUUUACACGAACUGAAGUCAUGCAGAAGAGUUGUAGCUGUAAAUUUUUAUAUGGUGCUGAAACAAAUGAGCAGAUGAUGAAUCAGAUUGAAAAGUCACUGGAAGAAAAGGUAGAAUUCAAAGGAGAAAUAAUGCUUAAUAGGAAGACUGGGUCUUCAUUUUGGUGCCUAUUGGACAUUGUCCCUAUUAAGAAUGAAAAGGGUGAUGUAGUUCUGUUUCUGGCUUCUUUCAAGGAUAUCUCAGAUACAAAGGUGAAGAUUGCUCUGGAGGAUAAAAAAGAAGGUUGGCUUCAUGAGCUGGGAAGGCGUUUGGAGUCUCCAUUCCAUGGCAAUACUACAUUAGGAGGUCCAUCACUCAGAAGUACCUAUAUAGCUUCCCUCUACUUCACACUCAGCAGCCUCACCAGUGUUGGGUUUGGUAAUGUUUCAGCCAAUACUGAUGCUGAAAAGAUUUUCUCCAUUUGUAUAAUGCUGAUUGGAGCUCUGAUGCAUGCCUUGGUGUUUGGUAAUGUGACUGCUAUUAUUCAACGGAUGUACUCCAGAUGGUCUCUUUAUCACACAAGGACCAAAGAUCUGAAGGAUUUUAUAAGGGUUCAUCACCUACCACAGCAAUUAAAGCAAAGAAUGCUUGAAUAUUUCCAAACCACCUGGUCUGUCAAUAAUGGAAUAGAUUCAAACGAGCUUUUAAAGGACUUUCCUGAUGAGCUGCGCUCAGACAUCACCAUGUACUUGAACAAGGAGAUUCUGCAGCUGUCCCUUUUUGCAUGUGCCAGCCGCGGUUGCCUCAGGUCUCUGUCUCUGCAUAUCAAAACCUCCUUCUGUGCUCCUGGGGAGUACCUCCUCCGGCAGGGAGAUGCCUUGCAGGCUAUCUACUUCGUGUGCUCAGGUUCCAUGGAAGUUCUCAAAGAGAGUACGGUGCUGGCAAUUUUAGGUAAGGGGGAUUUAAUUGGAGCAAACCUCGCAAUCAGGGACCAAGUGAUUAAAACAAACGCAGAUGUGAAAGCCCUAACUUAUUGUGACCUCCAAUGCAUUAUUCUGAAAGGACUCUUUGAAGUGCUAGACCUUUACCCAGAAUAUGCGCACAAAUUUGUUGAAGAAAUUCAGCGGGAUCUCACAUAUAACCUUCGAGAAGGCCACGAAAGUGAUGUAAUUACAAGAUUGUCAAACAAGUCUUCAGUCUGUCAGGCAGAUUCCAAAGGUAAUGGCAGUAUAAACAAGAGACUUCCAUCAAUUGUGGAGUAUGAGGAGGAUGAGGAAGAAGUAGGAGAUGAGGAAGCUGCUACUCCUGUCCACACAAGAAGCACAACUUCCUCCCAGCAGAAGAAGUCAGGAAGCAAUAAAAACUAUCUUGGGAUAAACUUGAAACAGUUGGCUUCAGGAACCGUGCCCUUCCAUUCCCCUAUCCGAGUCUGCAGUGCAAAUUCCUCAAGAACCAAGCAUGAAACUGAACUCCAUUACUAUUCCAAAAAGAAAGAGAAGGAUCUCAAGCUCAACUUUACAUCACUCAGCAGCGCUGUUCCUCCAGACCUCAGUCCUAGGGUUGUGGAUGGAACAGAAGAUGGUAACAAUAAUGAGCGGAGCCAGAUGUUUGACUUCAGCUCUGAACAACUUCAGCAGGAUACCAGAGAAUCUCCCACUGUCGGGGAAUCAGAGUUUGGUGCUGCUGUGUUGGUUAUCAAGGCAGAAGAAACAAAACAACAGAUCAGCAGGCUUAACAAUGAGGUCACUGCUUUGACACAAGAAGUCUCUCAGUUAAGUAAGGACAUGAAGAAUGCACUACAUCUACUGGAAAACCUAUUAAGGGUCCAGAAGUCCCCAGAGUUCUGUGGAGUACGUGACACAGCCGUCAGUCCCAAUAAGGAAAGCUUACAGACUAGAAUGACUUGGACUAAACAUCAACCAAAUGUUACUUGCACCAAAGCACAACUCUGCCAUUCCAACACCAUAGCUGGCAUCUGGAAAAUGGAUCCAUCAUCUGUAAGUAGUAGCCCACAAAGAACUGAAUCCCACAUUCAAAAUUCAACAGACGGUGAAUUUUAUUACACUUCAGGCCUUGACUAUUCUCCUUCCCACUACCAUGUCAUCCAGAAAGACCCUUUGCAGUUUGUCAGCUGUACCUCUCCACAGUCGGAUACUACGUUGACUCCUCUCCAGUCUAUUUCAGCCACUCUUUCCUCCUCUGUGUGCUCCUCAUUAGAAACAUCCUUACACCUGGUAUUGCCCAGCAGAUCUGAGGAAGGUAGCUUUAGUCAGGGAGCAGUCAGUUCACUAAGCCUUGAGAACCUGCCAGGAUCAUGGGACCUGGAAGGAACUACAGGAGUAUCAUCUGCCCAGAGCUCAGAAGAUUUGCCUCUAGAUGUUAAGGCAAGUACGGUAGAUGUUAAAGACUGCAAAGCCAUAAAUGUAUAACAAAACCAAUAUAUGAUAUUUUCAAGCAUGCACCACACCUGCCAGUUGUAAACUUAAUCCAUUAUUGCAUGAUAUUUUGCCUUUUUCUCUGAUGCUCACAGAAAUUUUGCAGAUACAAAAAUUUAUACAGAUAGGAGGCCAAUAGAUAGGAAAAGGUUUAACUGUUUUGUAUGAAGGGAAGCAUUUCCUGGAUUUAUUAAGCACAUUGAAAAAAAGCCUUUUAGACACAGACGUAUCUUAACUGGGCUGCACAACAGACUUUUGUGAUACACUACAGCCCCUGAGGCAUGAAGUAGCAGGACAACCAGGACAAAGAAGCUUUAACACAGGAGAACUUUGUUGUGUGUAGCAAAGGGCAUCUCCCCCCCCCCCUUUCAUGCUUGGUUGUUGUCUCCAAACAAUACCCAUGGCGCUUUUGGCUUCAAGUCAUCGGGGCUCCUGCUGGAGUUUGUGUCCAUGCUGUGAAGGUAAAGGGACAAUAACUGCUGCAUGUCAUCUCCUUGACAAUCAACCAAACAGAGCCAGUAGGGAGCGGAUAAUUGUUGCACGUUCUUUAUUAUGUAAAUCAGAUCUCUUUAUCAAAAGAUGCUAUUUUUAUAUACUUGGUAAGAAAUAUGUAUUUAAAAAUAUUUAUAAAAGAAACUAUUGAGGAUUUUACUUUCAUUUUGGUAACAAUGCUUGCAGUUUUUAAAAGAAAUGCACUACCCUGUAUACAUGGUUACAUAUUAGAUCAAAACUAUUCUUAGGUUCAGACAGAUCCUCUCUUUUUAUUUCUGCAUGCACUUUGCAGUGAAUUUAUCCAUGUCAUGGAAUAUAAAUAAAGAGCAUGGUAACUAUUUUAGAAUAAAAAUAAGAAAAACCAGUCCAAUAGUCAUAUAUGAUAACUCUUGAAUUGUCCUAUUUUGAUGGCUGCCAAUGCCCUUAUUUGUGCUUUUGCACAGUAUUAGCACUUUAAAAAAAUGCAAAACAAAAAAAGUUCAAGCAAUCAUUUCAGGAGUGAUACCCUCAGCCAAAACAAUAGCUCAAAAAUGGAACCUGAUAAAAUAAACUUAGAAUGACAUGCAAAUAUUUUCAGAAUCACAGUUCAUACUCAAGGUAUUUCCACCAGCAUAAAAAUGAAUAAUCAUUUAAUAAUGAGUGGAUAGUUACCAAAUGGCUUACACUUAUGUAUAUAAAGAUAACAUUUCAAAUAAUACAAAUAGUAAAAACAAUACCCCAAUAGUUAUGGCAUUGCAAUUUAUUCAUAUGUAAUCUUGACAUAAAAACCAACUACUUUUCACAGGGAUAUUGUUGAGCAUCUUAUAAUAUGCAAGCUCUUUUUCCUUAGAACACUUUCAUUACUAUUCAGUUCUCCUAAGGCAGCCUCUUUCUUUUACAAUGGAAAGAGCUACACAGAAAUUAUGUGAAACAGCUAGGGACUUCUUGUUGCAAUGCUAAUCAUGGUUGUCCUGUUGCUGAUAAAGGAACUCAACAAAUACAUGAAGCAGUAUUGCAUCAAGGUCAAAAUUGAAAGCUGAGAUGUACUACCUUAAACCCCAAAUGCUAUCUUGUGUUUGAUGUGCAUCCUUCCACACUUUAGAAGCUCACCUUCUUUCUAAAGACUGAUCAUUUUAUUUUCGGAUUGUAUGCCUUCCUUACUUGAAUACUGCUCUUACAGAAUGUUUUAUGUACCUGUCCACAAUAAAUUUAGAAUUAAAUGCUGAAAUUAUUUAACAACAAAAUAUAUAUGAAAAAUGGUUUCAAGAAAGAUAAUAUGGCCUGUUGAUCUUAUUUAAUGGUCUUAACUUGUUCCUGUACAAGGGAAAGGAAACAUUUUCUUGAAAAAAAUCUUUUGGAAGAUACUGCUUUGCAAAUCUGCCAUAAUACUUUUUUCCUUCCUUCAUUUUUAUUUUUUUAUUUAAAAAAUUACAAUUCCAUAACCUUUUAAUGACUUUACAAAACCACUUCAAUCAUAGUUCAUGGAAUUUGGCUGUGAGUUCCUUCCACACACACACAUUUUUCCUACGUCUGUAUAUAUGGCAUAUUGGUGUAGUGGACCAGCAUUUGUAGAAGGGGAGAAGAAGAAGAAUAGUG